AUGGACGAAAAUGUAUAUACCAAUGCAUUAAUCAACAAUAAUUAUUAUGAGAUCGAUAACGAAGAAGCAUACGUAUAUCCCGAAGAUUGCGAAGAAGAAUUUGAAUUCUGCAAGAAUAAAAAGGCGCAAUAUCCACAACGGUCAAAAUCUAUUUUGGAAGAGGAUGCAUUUCCCGAAAUUUCGUUAACCGCCGCCGAGGCCAGAAAAUGUCUGAAUCGUAUCGGCCAAGUAGGGGCGGGAUUAACUUACGCAUUUGUUCAAAUCGAUGUCGACCAUAGAAGUCUCACGAACAUUGAGGAAAUCACAAAUUUUAAAUAUUUGUCUUUUAUAAACGUGUCGCACAAUAACUUGGACUUGAACGCUUUGGACGUGCUCAGAGAGUUGGAGUAUGUGGUCGUGGUACGGGCCGAUCAUAACAACGUCGAUUCACUUUGUCUGUCUCCAAUGCCGUAUCUACAGGUUUUGACCCUAAACUCUAACAGAGUCUCGUCGCUUUCGGGUCUUAAGCAACCGUCGUUAGAGUGUUUGGAACUGAACGACAACAAAAUUUCAUAUUUGAUCCAAGUGCCGAGCCAAAACUAUAAUAAAAACUAUUGUAAUAAAGAAAUUGCUUGCCCAAAUCUAUCCACUUUGGCCUUGUCCAGAAAUGCUUUGGAUACAGUCGAAGAAUUUUUGGUUUUAUCCAAUAAAUUACGUAUAUUGUAUUUGAGCUAUAACAAGAUUGGCAAGCUAAACGGAUUAGGUGAUUUACAAAAUUUAUCUCGUUUACACUUGCGAGGUAAUCAGAUAACAAACUUAGAUGGUUUUACUGAUAAUUUAAAAUAUUUGUCGUACUUAAACUUGAGGGAGAACCACUUAAGUGACGUAGAAGAGCUUAAAAAAUUGGCGUGUUUGAAAUCAUUAAAAACGUUGGUGGUAUUGGAUAACAAUUUCAGCAAAGUUUCAAUCAGAUCGAAGAUUCUGAAGUUGUUACCAUGGCUGGAUAGAGUUGAUAAGGGGACGGUUAGCAAAUCUGAGCGUGAAUUGGAAAAAUCCGAUCAAAAACUACUCAGGUACGAAGAAAAUGAAGACCAAGAAGAAGAGGAGGUGAAAUAAGAGAAGUAAAAAAAAGAACAGUUAUAUUAAUUCGUGACAUUAUUGCAAUGAAAGAAAUUUUAGAUAAUUUAUUAUUUUUGCAAUUUUGUAUUUUAAUAUGAUUUUUGA